AUGCUGGGUGCGUUUUGCGCACGAAGCUGGUUAAAACAACGUCAGUUGAUUGCGCCUGUGUGUCGCUCGUAUCUGCAUACAACCGCCACAGUAGAAAAGAAGGCUAAGAAAAUGGCUCCGAAGAAGAACCAACAGGUCGUAGAGAAGCCCCGUCUCGGUCGUCCAUCGAACAACCUCAAGAUGGGUAUCGUUGGUCUGCCGAACGUGGGUAAGUCUACGCUCUUCAACACAGUCGCCAAGUGCGAUCUGGGUAAAGCUGCCAACUUUCCUUACGCCACGAUUGAGCCCGAAGAGACCCGUGUGUACGUGCCUGAUGACCGAUUUCUCUGGCUUUGCGACUUGUACAAGCCCAAGUCAGAAGUGCCCGCUUUCCUCACUGUCAUCGACAUUGCCGGUCUGACGUCCGGUGCCAGCACGGGCGUUGGUCUUGGUAACGCCUUCCUUGCCAACGUUCGGGCCGUUGAUGGUAUCUUCCAGGUGAUCCGUGCUUUCGACGACGCUGACAUUGUCCACGUCGAGGGUGAUGUCGACCCCACGCGUGACAUGGAGAUUAUUUCGACUGAGCUCCGUCUGAAGGACAUUGAGUGGGUCGAAAAGGCGCUCGACAACGCUCGAAAGAAUGCACGCUCCGCAGGCAACAACUCACUUGAGGACCGUAAGAAAAAAGAAGAAGUUGCCAUUAUCGAAAAAGUCCUCAAAUGCCUACAGGAAGACAACAUGGACGUUCGCAAGGGCGACUGGAACGCCAAGGAGGUGGAUGUGAUCAACUCGCUUCUUCUUCUGACCGCUAAGCCUGUCAUUUACCUGGUCAACCUCAGCGAGCGCGACUACGCCCGCAAGAAGAACAAGUGGCUGCCCAAGAUCAAGCAGUGGAUCGACGAGAACAAUCCGGGUGACCAGCUCAUUCCGUUCUCAGCUGCCCUCGAAGAGCAACUGUUUACGAUCUCUGACGAGAAUGAGCUCAAGGAGUACCUCGCGAAGCUAGGCGAGGGCGUGCAGAGCGCUCUUCCGAAGAUCACUAAGAGUGGCUACGACGCCCUGGACCUCAUUCGUUACUUCACUGCUGGUCCUGAUGAGGUACGUGCUUGGUCUAUCCGCCGUGGCGUCAAGGCCCCACAAGCUGCCGGUGUAAUCCACUCCGACUUUGAAAACAAGUUUGUGUGUGGUGAAAUCAUGGCCUUCAAUGACCUCAAGGAGGCUGGCAGCGAAAAUGCAUGCCGCGCCAACGGUAAGCUCGUGCAAAAGGGCAAGACGUAUGAGAUGGUUGAUGGUGACAUUGCUCACUGGAAGGCUGGUGCGUAG